AUGGCUCCCAUACAAGGAGAUCCCGUUCUGCUCUGUAGAUGUAAACCUGUUUCAGCUAUAGAAGAGGCAGAGAAAGAGCAAGGUACUCUUCUUGACAAGUUUCGAGUGCCACACCUGACUGCUACAGAGAAAGAUGGUUUUAAACGUACAUAUUUCUCUUUUGGGACAGUUCAUGCAGUGGAAGGUGGCGAAUUUGAGGCAAAUGUCUCUGACUUGAAUAAGUUCUGUGACGUUCUUCCUCACGGUUACGCAGUUUCAAGUGAAGACUUUGAUAAUGAAACUGAGUUUAGGGAAAUAAUUCGCAAGCUCUCUCCGAAAGUGCCAGUGCGAGUGCCUGCUCGGCGCGAUCCCAGAACCAGAGACAAACCGAGCGAAGAAUGUAAAUCUCAUAAGGACCCCAAGGCUUAUGGGACGAUUGUUUUUUCAUGCUGA